AUGAUGUCGGAUUCCGGUCGCAAUGCGAGCAUGGGACUGAAGGGGAUGAUUAACCAAAUGUUUACGUUGCUUGCAAGCGUUGCCCAUGGUCUCGAUCUGUUGAAGUACCACGGCAUCGUUCCCUUCUACCGUCAUAUGCUUCAUUUCAAGGCGAAUGACGGCAAAAAAGGGGGUAAGUACCUGAAGCAGAUCGUGGAGAAUGAACACUUCAAGAAGCUCCUCCAGCAUAUCGAGCCUUGGUCCAAAGCCCCGGAUUUCAUUGGUCAUCCCAAACUGGAGUAUCUGAAGUCGGUGAUUCUGAAUCACUUCUUGGAUGCAGGCGAGGGUAACGAACAAGCCGACGGGACCAAUCGCACCGCGACGAGAGUCAUGAUAUUCGUUCAUUUCCGUGACAGUGCGGAGGAAGUCACCCGGGUGCUAAAGCGGUACGAUCCCAUGAUUCGACCGCACAUUUUCGUCGGUCAGAGUAGUGCCAAGGGAUCUGAGGGGAUGAACCAGAAGACCCAACUGGAUAUCAUCACUAAGUUCAAGAACGGUACAUACAACACGCUGGUCGCUACGUCUAUUGGCGAGGAAGGGUUGGAUAUUGGUGAAGUAGAUCGAAUUGUGUGUUACGACUCCUCUGCCUCGCCGAUCCGCAUGCUGCAACGGAUGGGUCGAACGGGGCGAAAGCGUGCCGGUAACAUCACGCUGCUGGUGAUGAAGGGCAAGGAGGAGGAUAGCUACAUCAAAGCCAAGGACAAUUACGAGAAGAUGCAGCAGAUAAUUGCUAGUGGGACUCGAUUCACUUACCACGACGACCGAUCUGCUCGUAUCCUGCCAGCGGGUAUCCGUCCUGUGGCUGACAAGCGCAUUGUCGAUAUCCCCAUAGAAAACUCACAGCCAGAAAUGCCGGAACCCAAGCGCAAGGGCCGCGUGCCAAAGCGGCCGCCAAAAGUGUUUCACAUGCCAGACAACGUGGAGACAGGAUUCACCCGAGCCUCGACGCUGGGAGACGACGGAGCUCCGAAGAAGAAAAAGACCAAGAGCAAGAAUAGCUCCGAGCCCGUUCUACCGAGGAAAAGAACUGGGGAGGUGACGCCCGAACCCGUCGACAUACCGCCUCCUUCUUCAGUCUACCUGGCUCGCGAUCAGCAAAGGAUGCUUGAUGAUCGAAUGGAGAAGACCGGUCCCAUUCAGGACACAAUUCCGCAGAUUGGGUCCUCGCCUCGCCAAUUACACCCAGAGCGAGUAAUUCAGAGGGUUCACCAUAGCUCUACCACGAACCGUACAGUUGCUGCAUUACAAAAGCUAUCACAGGUUAGCUCUGAGGCGGUUGAUCGCUACCAACGAAUUUUUGAAGGAUACCCUUUGGUAGACCUGGACGGUUUGGAUGACUAG